UGCGUUCUCGGCCCCACGAUGCAGACGCACUACGUGACGUUGCGCGGCGCCGUGCAGACGGUGCUUGCUAAGUAUCCCAGGGCGCUGGCCAACCACGACCACCUCAGCGACAAGGUGCGGGCGGGCAACUUCGCGGACAAGCUGGGCACGCUGUGUGCCCAC